GUAACCGUUGUGUUUUCUGAACGCAGCCAUUGUAUACGUUGAAGAUGGCUGAAAAUGUCGCGCAUCAGUCCGAUAUGUUCUCGAAGAGAGGGACGAUGCUGUAGAUAUGUGCACGUGAGACAGUGCGAAACGUUCGUUUCGUCUUACAUAGUCAAAAUCCGCAUUUACGAUGUCAGAUGAGUCCGAGUAUGACGUGGAGCCGGAGGAGUUUGAUAUCUACAAGAGGAAGUAUCAAUUGCUGUUAGAAAGAUGCGAGAUUUUACAGCAGGAGAAUGAACGAUUGGUCUAUAGAAUUCAGAAAGUGAGGAAGCUUCUGCGACGCACGAGAAAAGAGAAAAAAUUUCUGAUCGAUCGAUUGGACCAACAUGGAGAUCGCUGGCGCGAAGUACCAAUGGGUGUCCUUGAGGAAAAUAGUGUAUUCCAAACAAUUCCAAAAUCAGAGAAAGGUGGGAAAGGUGCUUCUCAUAAUGCCAAAGAGGAAAAACCCAAGAAAGGGACCAAGAGAAAAGGUGCAAAAGCUGAUCCAAAUGCGCCAAAACGACCUGCUAAUCCCUUUUUCCAGUUUUGUCAGGAACAAAGGCCACGUGUAAUGGAACGUUUGGCCGGAGAGCCGGAACCUAGUAAACAAGAAUUAACUAGACAACUUGCAACCACAUGGAAAUCUCUUAGUUCUGAGGAUAAAAAAGUAUAUUACAAUAUGUACGAAAGAUCCAAAGAAAAGUAUGUCGCUGAGAUGCAAAUAUACAACAAGAAAACUGAAGAUGCACCUUAUCAGGUGCCUUUAAAUAUCACAUAAUACUUAAUUGUGACAAUAUCCAUUCAUUACAAGAUAAGUAAUUUAUGGUUGUACUUUUUAACAUGUAGAAGCAGGUUAUUGUAUGUACAUUAAUGUUUAUAACUUAUGUAGAAAGUAUAUACCAAAUAUUGUAUAAUUUUUUCUUACAUAUGUGAAUAUGGAACAACACUUUUAGCCCAUGUAUCUCUUAAACCAGAGCUGGCCACGAUCUGCACAUUUCAGGUGAAAUUCAGUAGGUGACGCUUACCCUGCCCCUCGCACCACUCCGCGCUCAGCGGCCGGGGUGACGAUCGCGGUAUACUCAGGCCUGUCGCUAUAUAAGAAAUCAGCUGAG